GAGAGAGAGAGAGAGAGAGAGAGAGAGGCAGGUGGAAAGAGGAGGGGUCUGGGUGGUCCAGACAAUCAGUCCUUGUGUACCUCACACACACGCAUUAUUAAAAAGAAGACUAUACGCCACUCCGCUCUGCCCUCCACUCGAGAAGCGAGCGCGCGUAUGGAAACAUUUAUGAGCACCAAAGGGAAUUAGUGAGCCCGGAGCAUCACGAGAACACUCCUGCUACCAAAAAGGGAGAAUCUGUCGUCGAUGCCUGAGUCUAAAUGAAGUGGUUCCGCCAUGCAAUGUUCCUGGAAGGCAGUGGUCCUGCUGGCCUUGGCCUCCAUCGCCAUCCAGUACACGGCCAUCCGUACACUCACCUCCAAGCCUUUCCAGUUGUGCACAUUGCCCAGCCCACAGAACUGCGGUCUGGGGGAUCAGGAGACCGAACCUCCCUUUGAACGGGGGGCAGUUGGCUGUGAAGAUUACCCAACCAUUUACAUGAAUGCAUCCCGCAAGACACACAUCCUGGUCUUGGCCACCACUCGUAGCGGCUCCUCCUUUGUCGGCCAACUUCUCAACCAGCACCAAGAGUUUUUUUACCUGUUUGAACCUCUUUAUCAUGUCCAGACCACACUGAUCCCCCGUCUGUCCCACAGCCACAACACAGCAGACCGUCGUGUGAUGCUGGGGGCUAGCCGAGACCUCUUGAGAAGCCUGUAUGGUUGCGACCUCUAUUUCCUUGAGAGCUACAUCAAACCAACUCCCACAAACCACACCACAGACAAACUUUUCCGACGUGGUGCAAGCAGAGCGUUGUGCCAACAACCGGUAUGUGAUGCCUUUGGCCCAUCGGAUGUUAAUGUGGAAGAGGGGGACUGCGUUAAGAAAUGUGCACUUCUUAACAUGACCUUGGCAACUGAAGCCUGUCGGGAGAAACGACAUGUGGCCAUCAAGAUUGUCCGUGUGCCAGAGAUUGGGGAUUUGCGCGCCUUGUUGGAGGACCCCAGACUGAAUAUCAAAGUGAUCCAACUGGUCAGAGACCCCCGCGGUAUCCUAUCUUCCCGGAUUGAGACCUUCAGGGAUACAUACCGGCUGUGGCGUAUAUGGAGGGCCACGGGGAGAAAGCCCUACAAUCUUGACUUGAGUCAGCUCACUGUUGUCUGUGAAGACUACGGAAACUCUGUUUCAACUGGUCUCAGCCAUCCGUAUUGGUUGAAAGGGAAAUAUAUGUUGGUCCGCUAUGAAGAUUUGGCGAAAAAUCCACUCCAGAAGACAAAGGAGAUCUAUGACUAUCUGGGGCUGCCCAUGGAUAAAAAUGUGGAAGACUGGAUACAUGCAAACACUCGCGGCAGCAAUGAACCAUCAGCGAAACACAAAUUUGGUACAAUACGAGACUCAGCAGCUAAUGCCGAGAGUUGGCGCUUGAAACUCUCUUAUGACAUGGUAGAAUACACUCAGACUGUGUGUCAAAAGGUUCUCCAUCAACUCGGUUACAAGACUGUGAGGUCAGUCGAAGAAUUGAAAAACAUGUCUAUCUCACUGGUGCAGGACAAAACCUUUGCACCCUUUUUGUAACAAAAGAUAGUUCCCUGGUGACUAUUUUUAUAUAUUGAUAAUUGUUGCCUUAUCAUGUCAUUGGUUGGUUGUUGCUUUUUGUCGAUUCAAAUUUGCACUAAAUGAGAAUUUGAAUGCACGAAGGGACGAUGGAUGAUCCCCAAAUGUAAUUAACAGCACACUUAAAACACUAAAUAAGCAAACAAGCUAGUUUACAAAUGUGUCAUUUAUAUUUUCCCCAUUAACAGGACAUCGUUUUCAUUCACUCUGUGUAUGCAAGUAAAAAUGUUGCCCUUCAAAAAAUGUGUCGGUAAAUGGAAUGGGUCAUUGUUUCUUUUACAAGGAAUGACAAAACUGUGCAAUAAAUAGUGAAUGUUGCAGUCAA